CGCUCGUCCCAGCAGCCGCAGCCGCAUUCCGCAACAAUGGACGGCGGAUUCCACCAUCGGUCGUCGCAGAAGCAGCAGAACAAGUCCUUCAAAUCGAAGCAUGCCACCAAGGGCCAAAUCAAGUCCCAGAACAAAGGCAAGGUCGAGAGGACUGCAGCCCACUCAGUGAAGAACAAGACCCGCACAAGACUGGAUCGCAAGAACCAGGCCCGACUGAUCCAGAAAAACAAGCGCGAUGAUGUCCUGUCGUCGAACCGCCUUUUCAUCGGAUCCAACAGUACACCCAAGAUUCUGGCUGUCGUUCCACUUUGCCCCGACACCGAUUCCGACUAUUUUGCCAAGAGUCUUUUUGAAAGCAUGGAGGUGGAGAUGCCAGAUACGCCCGGUCCACUGAAUCUGAUCCUCGAACGGUUUAAGCAAAAGCUCCAGAUUAUCCGUCUCAAGAGGAAUCUUUUGGAUAUCCUCGAUGCCGUCAAGGUCGCAGACUACGUUGUCUUCCUCAUGUCGGCCGAAGUCGAGGUUGACGCCUUUGGAGAUCUGUGCCUCGCCACAAUCAAGGGCAUGGCCGUCCCCCAGCCAGUCCAUAUUGUCCAGCAUAUUCCGAAAGUGCCUGCUAAGAAGCAGGAAGGGAUCCGAAAAUCCCUGAUCAGCUACAUGUCCCAUCACUUUCCUGGCGAGCCCAAAAUCUUCACGACCGAUACUCCUACCGAAGCAGUCAAUGUGAUCCGGUACAUCACCAGUCAACGACCCAAGGGAAUUGCAUGGCGAGACCGACAGGCUUACAUGCUCUGCGACUCAGUCGACUUUGAGUCUGGCGAUGACGAUGAGACUGGAACAUUGAAGAUUACUGGCUAUGUGCGAGGCUCCAAUUUCUCGGCCAACCGUCUGGUCCACUUGCAAAACUUUGGCGAUUUCCAGAUCACCAAGAUUACGGCCGCUACGGCGCCAGGCCAGCGCGACGUCAAUAUGGAUGCCGAGUCGACCGUUUUGGACAGUCCUGAUCCCAUCAACCAAGAGUCACUCGUGUCCGAAAACGACGUCGAUCCCAUGGAGGGCGAGCAGACGUGGCCCACCGAAGAGGAGCUUGCUGAAGCCGACGAGCGCGUCAAGCUCUUGACCUCAGAGCAAGGCCAGAGGAAGAAAAAACUCGUCCCCAAAGGCACCUCUGCUUAUCAAGCAGCCUGGAUUGUUGAUAAGAACGACGAAGAGGAUGAUGAAGACGAUGACGACCAAGAUGGCAGUGACAGCAAUGACGACGAUGACAACAUCAUGGCGAGCGACGAUCAGUGGGCCAGUGUCAAGCUUGGCAACACCAACGAAAUCUCUGAUGAUGACGCAUCUGAAGAGUCGGUUGAGUAUGAGGAAGUCGAUGUCGAAGACAAGGAUGCACUGUUAGAUGCCGAGUUCAACGAAGAGCAGGAAAACGCCGACUAUCUGAAGCAUUUGGAGAAGCAACGUCAAUCGCGUGAGGAUCUCGAGUUCCCUGACGAGGUGGAUACUCCACAGCACAUUCCUGCGCGUGUCCGCUUCCAACGCUACCGCGGCCUCAAGAGUUUCCGGACUUCGCCAUGGGACCCCUACGAAAAUCUGCCGGUCGACUACGCGCGCAUUUUCCAAUUCGAAAACUUGCGAAGAACCAAGAAGCGUGUCUUCCAGCUUGUGGACUCGGAGCUGGACGGCGUUGUUGUGGGCAUGUAUGUUACUGUCCAUCUGGCCAAUGCCCCACGCAAGGCGAUUGAUACAUACGAUCCGGCCCGCCCUUUCGUCGCCUUCACGAUCCUGCCACAUGAGCACAAAAUGUCGAUUCUCAACUUUUUGGUUCAACGCAACACCGAAAACACGGACGCCGUGAAGAGCAAGGAUCCGGUGGUGAUCCACUGUGGCCUGCGCCGUUUCGUAGUUUCGCCCAUCUACUCGAGCGCAAGCCGAAACAGCACCAACAAUGUUCAAAAGUUUGAACGGUAUUUGCAGCCUGGCAGCAUCAGCAUCGGCACCGUGUUUGCCCCGAUUCAAUUUGGGCCGGCACCUUUGCUGAUGUUCAAGUAUGAAGAAGGCAUGGGCCAAACUCCUGACAAACCGCCAACACUGCUUGGUGUUGGUUCUGUUGUUGAUUGCGAUACCAAGCGCAUCAUCGCCAAGCGCAUCAUUUUGACGGGCCACCCCUUCAAGGUCAAUAAGCGCUCUGCAGUGAUCCGGUUUAUGUUCUUCAAUCCCGAGGACAUUGCCUGGUUCCGACCCAUUCAGCUCACGACCAAGAUGGGCCGCAAGGGCCAUAUCAAGGAAUCUCUCGGAACUCACGGUCACAUGAAGUGCGUCUUUGACGGACCGCUCAAGAGCCACGAUACUGUUUGCAUGUAUCUUUACAAGCGAGUCUUUCCCAAGUGGACCACCAGGCUAUAUAUCGACGGCACCAUCACGAGGGAACAAGACGUCAAGGACGACGAAAUGCAGAUUUAGUUUGGCAGAGUGAAGCGGAACACCGCCUUUUAUUCUAUUGUGCUUUGCUGGUUGGAAAUACAGCUUGCUUAGAAC